CCAUUUCCAAAAGGUUUACGUAGAAAAUGUUAUUUUCAUCAGUACUCAGUCUAAGGCUAUUUUACACUGAGCGGGGCCUCAUUCAGUGUUCAGCCACUGGAAACCCGGCCAGCAGACUCCGCCCCCCGGCCCCCAAUGAGAACGCCCAGCCCGUGGAGACUCAUGGGAAGUGUAGUUUGGGCUCCCACUGAUUUUUAGAGCGCAGGGCGUAGCUCCGCUGGCUUUUUCUGCGCAUGUGCAGCUGUGGGGCGCGCUUCUUUCGGCGUCUCCAGCCCUGCGAAGUCGUUCGGACCUUCCGGUUGGUUCGGAAAGUCGUGGGCCAGCGUUAGAGAGGGCGGGAGCGGAGCGCUCUUGGAGUCUUUCUGCACCUCCGUGUGGGUGACUGCGGGCGGAGGUGUCCCAUCCCGCGAGCUCCCGGCGGGUCCUGCCUAAGCCUUCGGGACGUGCAGGGCCGCGGGUCUCCCUCCCGGCCUUGUUGGGCUCGGGUCUGGGUUGGGGACCGAGGGCCAGCCCGCUGGCGGCAGGAGCUAAAAGCCGGAAGAAGGGAACGGGGGUUGCAUAGAGGCAGCUAAUGCCUCCGGUACCCGACCCUUUGCAGGCCCUCCCAAGGCCUGAAGGGCUCUGUUCCUUUAGCUGUAGGCUGGUAAGAUUUGAGAAAGUGUAUCUAGGAGCUGUGAGGCAGGCAGAUCUGAAGCAGUCCUGCUUCUGUCCCGGCUGGUCCUGCAAUUUGUUUAUCUCUUCUGAGAGCUGCAGAACAUGAACACAACUCAGACACCCAUCUGUCAGCACCAUUUGUGGAAAGCAGUGUACUUUUUCCCCUGAAUUACCUCGGCACUACUAUGGGCAUUAAUUAACUGUGUAUGUAUGGGUCUGUUUUGGAUUCCAUUCACUGGUGAUGAUUUGGUGUCAGUGUCAUUGGAGGACGUGACUGUGGAGCUCAGCCAGGAGGAGUGGCAGCACAUGGGCCCUGCCCAGAGGACCCUGUACAAAGAGGUGAUGCUGGAGAUCUACAGCCACCUCGUCUCUGUGGAAGACUGUCAACCUGAUGAACUCUUAGAGAAGAGCCUGGAAAACCAAGGAAAACAUUUGUGGCAAGUGUUCUUCACCAACAAAUCAUUGUCUGCAGAGCAAGAAACUUCUGCAAAAAUGUGUAAUUCGCACAGAAAUCUUUUACCUGCAACAGUCUGGCCUCAUCAGUGUGACCCUGCAGGACCAAAGAGCUGGGGUCUCAGUCCAUUGGCUUCACAUUUGCACGGUUCGAGGGAGAAGGCUGGUGACCUUACUUUCACUGAGAAAUGGCUCCUCAGCAUUAAGGAUUGCAGAAGUAAUUCUGGAGAGAAGUCUUUUCUUCACAGUAAAACUACAAAAGCCCUUAGUCAUAAGGUGGAAACUGUUCAAUAUCCAACAAUUCAGAAUUUGGGACAAGCUUUUAAACAUAAUAAAAGUGAAAUAGCUUUGCCUGAAAAGGCUACUAUUGCUGCAUCUCAGAGUACCUGUGAGAAAUCAAUCUUUACUGUUUCUCAGAAGAGUCAUGGAGGGAACAAAGGAGAAAAUAAAGGUUAUUUUGAAUUAAAUGGAAAUGAGAAUGCUUUCAAUAGGACUACUCACAAAAGUAACCCAGGAGGAAAACCUGUUAGCCAAAAAUCAUGUAUUAGAGAAGAACAGAAAAUUGAUUUUGAGAGAAAGUACUGUGAACAUGGAAAGAAUUUCAACCAUAAUUCAGUUCUAGUAUCUCAGAUAACUCACCCAAUAGAUAACAAAUAUACAGAGAUAGACACAUCAACUUUGAAUGUACAUCACAGAACUCACAUAAAGAUGAAACCCUCUGAGUCAAAUGAAUGUGGAAAAUCCUUCUCUAAGAAUGCAUGUCCAAGCCAGCCUCAGAAAAGCCACACUGGAGAGAAACCUUAUGAAUGUCAUGCAUGUGGAAAAACUUUCAGUGAGAAUUCACAUCUAAAACAGCAUCACAGGACUCACACUGGAGAGAAACCCUUUGUGUGUAAUGAAUGUGGGAAACCUUUCAAAUAUAAGUCAAUCCUCAUAAUACAUCAGAGAAUGCACACAGGGGAGAAACCUUUUAAAUGUAACGAAUGUGGAAAAUCCUACAGCCGUAUGUCAGGGCUGAGGAAUCAUGCGAAAACUCACACAGGGGAAAGGCCAUUUAAGUGUGAUGAAUGUGGGAAAGCUUUCAAAUUGACGUCAGACCUAAUACAGCACUGUAGAACACAUACAGGGGAGAAACCAUACAGAUGUAAACAAUGUGGAAUAGCUUUUGUUCAGAUAUCACAACUUAGAGGACAUCAUAGAAUUCAUACUGGGGAGAAACCCUAUAAGUGUAAUCAUUGUGGGGAAGUUUUUAGUCGAAAGUCAAACCUCAGAGUACAUCACAGAACUCAUACUGGAGAGAAACCUUAUAAAUGUGAUGUGUGUGGCAAAACUUUCAGGCAGAAAUCAAAUCUUAGAGGACAUCAGAGAACUCACACAGGGGAAAAGCCCUAUGAAUGUCAUGAGUGUGGAAAAGCUUUCAGUGAGAAGUCAGUUCUCAGAAAUCAUCAGCGAAUUCACACAGGCGAGAAGCCCUAUAAUUGUAAUCAGUGUGGGGAAGCUUUUAUUCAGAUAUCUAGUCUUAAAGGACACCAGAGAACUCACACAGGAGAAAAGCCCUAUGAAUGUUACAAAUGUGGAAAAGCUUUUAGUGAGAAGUUAAGUUUCACAAGGCAUCAGCGAAUUCACACUGGGGAGAAGCCCUAUAAUUGUAAUCAGUGUGGAAAAUCUUUCAGUCAGAUAUCUAGUCUCAGAGGACAUGAGCGAACUCAUACUGGGGAGAAGCCUUAUAAUUGUAUUUGGUGUGGAAAAACUUUUGGUCAGAAAUCCAGCCUCAGAGUACAUCAGAGAACUCACACAGGGGAGAAACCUUACAAAUGUGACAAAUGUGACAAAAAUUUUAGUCGGAGUUCAACCCUUCGAAGGCAUGAGAAGACUCACAAGAGAUUAAAUACAUGAGUGUAAAAAGUAUGGGCAAUAUGUGCAAUUUUUUCAGCCCAUGUUAAGUGCAGUUGUUGGAUAUCAAAGAACUUGCCCAGCAAAGAAACACUUUAAAGUUGAUGAACACAAUGUUUAGUGAAUUUAAACCUCCAAAAACCAGUGCAGCAGAAAAGCUCUGAGAAAGUAAUACAAAUGUGACAGUUUUGUGCAACCAGUCAAAACUGAUUCAUCAAAGAAAUCACAGUCAGAAAAACCUAGAAAGGUUAACUUUUUCAAUACAGCAUACAAUAUAUAGAGUCUAAAGACCUCAGUAAAUCCAAACAGGCAAGAAAUGAAGGUAAUGAAUGAGGCAAAUCCUACCAUAAGAGCCCUCAGUUUGAUGUAAGGCUAAGGCCCAUAGGUCCUAUAAUGACUAUAUAAUACUCAUCAAUAACCAUUUCCUUUUUGCCCCCUGCUAUACCUAACCAAAAUAUCUCAACCAUUCUAUGCUCCAAAUGGAGUCACAUUGUUAACCCAUAGCUAACAGAUUGUAGGAAUCAAUUAAAGAGAAGUUUCAUUUAAAUAAAUCUCUCAAUUUUUCAAUGUUUUCUUCUGGUACUCAUCAGAGUGGGGCGGAAAUUGCUUCCAGUUAAUAUGCUGAGGGUGAAAGCAUUUAAGAUGCCAGGAAGUAGGGCCAACAGUUCACUCUCUGCAGUGACUAUUCCCCCUCCCCACUCUGUGUGUAUGGUUGGGCCAUCUUAUAGCUAAAAUAAACUUGUUCUCUGCUGAGCUUCUGUGGGUUUGAGUGUACUUGAUACUGACAUAAACUCAUCCACCCUUAAUAAAACCUAUGAAUAUAA